AUGAACAUCUUUCGCGUCCCGUUCUUGAUGGAGCGAUUGGUACCCAACGAGAUGACAGGAAGUCCGAACCAGACCUAUCUGGCCGGCCUGGUCAGCGUACACAAUGAGUUCAACACGGAGGACCAGACGCUGGUCCUUAACCUCAACCAGGCCGCCAUAAACGCUAUCCGCGCCGCCGGUGCCACCUCGCAAUAUAUCUUUGUAGAGGGCAACUCCUGGAGCGGUGCUUGGACAUGGACGUCAGUCAAUACCAACCUGGUCAGCCUGACUGACCCCCAGAACAAGAUCGUCUACGAAAUGCACCAGUAUCUCGAUUCGGACGGGUCGGGCACGUCUGACGUUUGUGUCAACACUACCAUCGGCCAGAAUCGCAUGGAGGGUGCCACACAAUGGCUGCAACAGAAUGGGAAACUCGGGUUUUUGGGCGAAUUCGCCGGUGGUGCUAACUCGGUCUGUCAGAGCGCCGUGACCGGGAUGCUGGACUACAUGCAGGAGAACAGCAAUGUCUGGCUGGGAGCAUCCUGGUGGUCUGCAGGUCCCUGGUGGGCGAACUAUAUCUUUUCGAUGGAGCCGCCUUCUGGGACUGCCUAUACGUACUAUCGGAAUAUCCUUUCGGCUUACUUCCCGGGCAGCUCGACAACGACGACCACCAGCACCAGUACGACGACCACUGCCAAGCCCACUACCACCAAGUCUACUACUACUACUACCAAGUCUACCACCACUACCACCAAGUCUACCACCACUACUACCACUGGUUCUAGCAGCACCGGGGCCGCUCACUGGGGUCAGUGCGGUGGCAUUGGCUGGACUGGAGCGACGACGUGUGUCAGCCCGUAUACCUGCCAGGAGCAGAAUGCCUACUACUCGCAGUGCCUGUAA